CUUCUACCUGCGGGAUCCGGGUGAUUUACGGGCCUGUCGUCGCCCUUUCAGAACCUUCCCUGCCGAGCAGCGUGUGAUGACCCUGGUGACUUUCACUCGGUGUUUAUAUGCACAACUGGUGCAGCAGAAGUUUGUUCCAGACAGACGCAGUGGAUACACCCUGCCCGCCCCAUCUCAUCCUCAGUACAGAGCCUAUGAGCUGGGCAUGAAACUGGCUCAUGGCUUUGAAAUUCUGUGUUCCAAGAGCAGUAAAGUAGCUCCUGAUGCCAAGAGAAAUGUGUUAAAUGGUCCUCUGUGGGAGAGAUUCCUCAGGAGCUUGAAGGAAAAAGAUUAUUUCAAGGGAGAAAUGGAAGGAUCUGCAAAGUACCUGGAACUGUUGCACAUGGCAGAAGAUCACUUCCAGCAGUCUGUUGAUGUGCCAGAAAGUUCUGUUGAAGUGAGCCCAGGUGAUGAAAUCCUGACACUACUACAGACAAUAUCCAUUGAUUUGAAGGAAUUUGAGAGAGAAGCAGCUUGUCUUCCUCCAGAGGAUGGUCAUCUGAUGAAUCCCAUGUUACCUUUGACGUGGAUUCUUUUACAAGAGCACUGGACAGAAUUUUAGGUGAGAUUG